UAGUAAGUGUUGUGUGCGGUUACGUGCGGAUUGGGUUCGACUAAGCGUUAGCUAAACGAAGUGAUACUGUAUAAAUAUGUAUUAAAAAUUAAUGCUACUUCUGAAGAAAUACAAUGGGAAAGAAGUUACCAGCCAUGGUUGUUAGAAAUAAAGCAGUUCCACACACGUUUGCUAAUAGAAACAAAAUACUCGCGUCAUCGCUGUUGGGAAUUAUUUGCUUGAUUAUUCCAGUUCUGAUGAUCUUCAUAGACCCUAUAUUUAUUAUAGCUAAGUAUAAACUUCGCUUUACCAAAGGCAGCAUCAUAUAUGAAAUGAUGAUGAAAGAGAUGGAGGCCGCGAGGUUGGAGUUCCACGUGUUUAACGUCACCAACGCCGAGCGGUUCCUCAGUGGAAAGGAUCCGAAGCUCAGAGUCCAGGAAGUCGGCCCUUUUGUAUACCAAGAAUACCGAAUGAAUGAUGACCUAGAAUUAGACUUAGAAGCUGGUGUGGUAAGGUUCAUACCUCGCUUCCGGGCGGAGUUUGUGGAAGAAGAGUCCGUAGGCCGACCUGAAGAGACGAUAGUGCAUACGCCUUACACAUCGUACUUUACCACGUCAACAUUCUUCAGCUCAUAUCCUCUGAUGAUCCAAUCCGUGUACAGCAUGUGGAUAAAGCAGCUCAGGCCCACGCCUAUCACGACCAUGGAUGUCCAUAAGGUUCUGUGGGGCGACAAGGAUAAAAUUGUCGACUUUAUUAGGACUGUAAUUCCAGGCCUCGUUUACUAUGAGACAAUUGGCGCGCUUGAUAGACUGUACGAUAGCACAGCAGACUACAAAAUAGAGAUGGACAUCACCAACAAGAAGAAGUUCCAAGUGAAAUCAGUGAUGAAGAAGUUACGCAAGAAACUAGUCAAUACCACCGAGUUAGUGGACGUAAAGCUCGAAUUUAAUGACACGUACGAAGGUGCAGCAUUUCCAGCAGAGAUGACUCCGGAGAUGCCCGUGAAUAUCUAUCGUACAGGCCUUUGCAGAACCUUGGGAUGGGAGUACGUUGGACGAAGGCGCAUGGAAUUGGGACCCGAUGCGUUCUUGUAUCAUUUGACGAACAAGACGUUUGAGAACACACGGUUAUGUGAUAGCAAGGGGUUGUGCCCUCAAGGAGUGUUUGACCUCUCAAGUUGUUUUUAUGGUUUACCAAUAGCAUUAACAAAAUCACAUUUAUUGGAUGUAGAUCCUGAAUUCCAGAAACGUGUCGAAGGAUUAAACCCUGACAGGGAGAAACACGACAGCUAUAUCCUGAUAGAACCUCGAAUCGGGUUGACAGUGGAAACCUCCCUAUCCAUCCAACUAAACCUGCUGCUAGGUGACCUACGGUACAUGUCUGACCUCGCCAAGUUCUCAGACAUGCUGCUGCCGCAAGUGAGUUUAAAAUUGACGCUCCCUGAACUGCCAGCAGCUACAAAAAACUCCCUAACUCUGCUAUACGUGACGGGACCUCAGAUAUUAUUAGGUUUAGAAAUAGCAUCGGCCCUGCUCAGCCUCGCCCUCCUAGUGUACUCACUGGCACUCCUGAGACGCGACUGGAGUAGACGGAGAGAUCCCGCGAGGAAUUUCGAUGAUAGACUGAAGGGCAAGGCGAGCGCGGAGUUACCGCUUAUUAGUUGACAUACGACUGGUGAUAUUAAAUAAAUUUUAGGUUUA